AUGCCAUCACUCGACCUCACACUCAUCGUAGCCGCCGCAGCCCGCGAUAUGGGCAUUGGCCGUAAUGGCACGCUCCCCUGGAAGGGCCUCAAAAAGGAGAUGGCUUACUUUGCGCGGGUCACAAAACGGCCACCCCCAUCUGCUCUUUCUGCUUCAUCUGAGGAAAAGCAACAGACACGGAAGCUUCAGAACGCCGUCAUCAUGGGCCGCAAGACGUGGGAGAGCAUCCCCCCUAAGUUCCGGCCGCUGCCGGGCAGGCUGAACGUGGUCAUCUCGCGGACUGUGGGGGAUGAGGUUGUUAAGGGGGGCGUGGCUGAUGAGGUGAAGAGGGCGGAUGUGUUGACGGCUAGGUCGUUGGAAGAGGCGUUGGCGCUCUUGCAGAAGAGGCACCAAGAUGAAAAAGGGGAUGGGGAUGUGGGGAGGGUGUUUGUCAUUGGCGGUGCACAGAUCUAUGAUGCGGCGCUGGCAUUACCGGAGACGAGGAGGAUUGUGUUGACGAGGGUUAGGAAAGAGGAAGGGGAGUUUGAGUGUGAUGCUUUCUUUCCUGUUCGGCUGGAUGCCCAGGAGAAUGGAGGGAGUCGGGAAUGGAGGAGAGUGUCGCAAGAGGAGAUGGACGCUUGGGUUGGGGAGGAGGUGCCUAGGGGCGUGCAGCGAGAAGCUGGGGCAGAGUAUGAGUUCGAGAUGUGGGAGCGGAUGUCCUCUUAA